AGUCACAUGGACCAGCUACAACAGACUGUUUCACAGAAAUGUCUACCUCUGUCUGUAUACACAUUAUCUGUUAGGUCUGGCUCUUUCAUUUUCUUAAGAAGAAUUCUUAAGCGUUAUGUCUCAGUAGCUUACACUUCCCAAUGGAGAGCCAUGAGAGCAGUAUGUUCUACUUUUCUCUGAGGAAGAGGGACCCGGGCAUUUUUUCAAGUAACUCUAUCCAUUGCAAUCUGAAUCCAAAUGGUAUUGAUCACCCUGUCCCCACUGAAGGUAUUAAUCUGCGACUUGAAGGUGAGGGAGCUGAAUCCCCCUCUGCCAAGAACAGCAGUGCUCCAAAAGGACCUGAAUCAAAAGAGACUCCCAAAAGGCAACAAGUGGAGCCAGAAAUAUCUAAGUCCGGGACUGUGAAGCUGACCAAACCUGUGGCGUUAUGGACCCAGCAGGAUGUCUGCAAAUGGCUGAAGAAACAUUGCCCUAAUCAGUAUCAAAUCUACAGUGAGUCAUUCAAACAGCAUGACAUAACUGGCCGCGCUUUGCUGAGACUUACUGACAAAAAGCUUGAACGAAUGGGCAUUGCCCAGGAAAGCCUGCGACAGCACAUUCUGCAGCAAGUCCUUCAGCUGAAGGUGAGAGAAGAAGUCCGAAACCUCCAACUGCUUACACAAGCCCCGGCAGAGAGCUCUCCAUAAACAUUUCCAGCCUGUAAAGCUGCUGUCCUGCCACUUGAUAUGAAAAUGAACUUUCCUUCAUGAAAAAAAAAAAAACAAAACAUAAUCAAUGGCACUGCCAGAAGGUGACCUUGGAGGAGUGAAGACAAACUUGAAGUAAAAUCGGCCCACUCAAGAUGAUGCAUUCUGAGAAGACCUGGUUUGCUGUGGAGUAAAAACGCGGUGCAUAAUAUCCAAUGCUAAUUUGUUCAAAAUGGUCAUUGACAGACCUUUAGCUGGAAAAUUUCUUCCAGUUUUCAUCACUGUGCAUAACUUUGGGUUCCCUUUAGGGGACUGCCUAUGCCCUUCACUAGAAGUCCUGUUUUAGCAUGGCAACUACUGGAUUCUUUUAUUAUGUAUGCAGAUGGCAUGAUGUUUUAGGAAAAACUUACAGGAAUUCUCCAGUCUCCGUGGAUAUGUUCACAUUACUACACCCCUGAUAGGAAUGUAAAAGUCUUGUAUGUGUUAGUUUUGCAGUCUAAUAGUAUUCCGUCAAACAAUAUCAGCACUUCAUGCGUGCUUUCUGCACAGAAUUAGCACAGUCCAUAUAUAUAUAUAACGGUCUUUUCUAAAUACUGAGGAUAUGUUUCAGUAUUUGUGCUGAGACUGCAUCCAAACUGAAGUCCACUACUAGCAUACCUUCACUGAUUCACAGUACAUUGUGUAGAUAAGAUUUGCACGUGGCAGAGGUGUGACUUUGUGGAGACUUGCAGAACAGCUGUCACAGAGGUAGCUAGGAACAGGGUCAGUUGAGGACACUGUGUCUGUUCUCCCUCCCCUCCAGCAGAUAUCAAAGGCUCUCAUUCCUGGUGUGCCAAUGUGUUUUCUUACUCAGUGAGGGAGAGGAAAGGGAGAGCACCCUUCUCAGAGGUGAGUUGGACCUAGGGUUUGUUCUCCACUAGACACAGAACAAAUUGGAAGAAUUCAGGUUCGUUAUGCUGGCCACUAUUUAUGUUUUGGGCAGGACUUGGGAAUCACAGUCCAAACCAAACUCUCUGAAAAAGGUAAUGCGUAAGACUAUACUUCUAAGGAGCAAGACACUCUCUCCGAAGAGGGCAGACUUCUUUGUUAACUUUUUCCAUUUUCUAUCCAAAAGCAUAUUUUGGUAGGAAAUAGGAAUAAGCAAACGGUUCUAAUAAGCCUUUCAAUAUACUGUAGCAGGCUCAAGACUGUUGCAUUCAAUCUGAGCAUUGUUUUUUGUUCAGUCUCUGAAUGGCUGGCCUCAUCACUGGCUGUAUCACAGCUGGCUGUGGUACUGUUUUUUUCCACAGGGAUUUAGUGGAAUUAAUGUCUGUCCCUAACAUCAGGACCUUCUUGACACACUCUUUGUAAUGAACCGAUGCCAUCAACAUGCUAAGGGGACUUACCUAUUUGUUCCUUAUCUCUUUAAAAUCAAGGUAGCUUUUUGUAUAUUUAAAACCUGUCAUUCUCUCCAACCUAAUAGGCAGAUACUGUAGAGUUGCUAUUAGUGUACAUGCCAAACUGUGGGCAAAGUGCCAUACCGGUGUGAAGAUGCAGCGGUGGAGAGAGGGCACAAUUACAUCAAGGUAAAGGCACCUUUUUAGAGCAAACUCCUGUGUUCUGAUGCUUAAAAACUAUUGUACAGUUCAUUGCUGGAGAGUUCAAGGUCAGCCUCUGAGGGUGCCUGUAGAGUCAACCGAUGAAUACAUUUAGGUGUUAUUUUUUUCAGACGGGUGCAGGAUUGGGUUACAGCUCUCCACCCAUCUCAGAUUCAGCAUGCUGAAUGCUUCUUUACUGUUCAAGAAGGAAAUUGACGGCCAAGAUUUUCAGAAGUCGCUAGUGAUUUCUAGUGGUCUGGGUUUUUCCAUGGGUUUUCAAGUGAAUCUCCCAAAAAGUAUAAAGCAAUAAGCUUUAUAUUCUCUUUCUGAAAAUCUUGGCCCCUAAUUUUAAAUGUAUUGGUGUACAAGUUCUCCUUAGGAUGUAACAAUCUUUGCCAACAGCAGCAUUUGCACUUUUUAGAGCUUUUCAUAGCAUUACAGGUUGGAAUCUGAUCCUUACUGAGAGAAGUGGCUGAGCACCUCGUGGAAUUCCAUUAUAAGCUCCAGUAAAUUUUACAGCUCUUUCUGCUACAGAUUUAAAAAAUGCACUCUGGCAACUGACACCAAUUUUGUGUUGGUACAGCAAUUAAAAAAAAAAACACACACAGAAAAACUUGAAUAUAAAUUACUUUCAAAAGGAGAAUGCUAUACUUCUGCAGUAGAAAUUCUCUUAUUUUACUAUCCAACGAAAAAUUCUGGCAUAAUUUGAAUGAUAAAAGGAGAAUUUAUCAGAGAGUAUUAUCUUAAAAGGGCAUAUGAGAAAAAUACGAGCUAGGCAAAGAGCUGCUAGAAGCAUUUUUGUAUCAGUGUUAGUUUUGAACAUCUUCCAGUAUAUGGUCAUGAAUUUAGAUGUGUGCACUUCUCCCAUUAAAACAGUUUGUUUUAAAAGCUUCCCAGGAUUCUAGCUAUGGUGAUCUAGAAAACCAGUGUUACAGGCCCUGAGAAAUGUGAAAAUAAAUCCAGACCCUCGUGUAGCCAAACUCAGUGAGAACUCUGCUGUAGGUGCCCAUGGACCAAGCUCAUUUGGCAGCGGUGUAGGUCUCCAUCCUACAGACAGCCCGUGCAUGUGGAGAACUCUGAGCGUAAGCAAAAAUAGUUCCCUCGUGCCCCGCGACACUCCUCACAUGUGUAACUGUCUGCAGGAGCCAUAAGGAAAUCACUGUACUUUUUGGCUUGUAUUUAACUAUUCAUCGUGUUUGGAUGUUUUUAAUCACUGUUAUUCUCCCAAAGUAGGCCGUGCUUCCUCAGGGAUAUUUAUGACAUUGUUCUGCAGCUACUGAACAACUAUCUGGAUCCCAGCGUAUUCUUCCAAAAACUUUUUAAUAUAAAUAAACAUGUGGGGGAGAUUUUUUUGUUACUGUGAAUGGGGGCAGGUACUGUAUUCUCGGAAAGGCUCUUGAGUGCAGACAAUCAAGUCUAUUGCAUUUUUUAUGCUGAACACCUUAUUAAGAGCGGACGCAUCCGCUUUUGCCUGGGUCGCAAGAACAGUUCUGUGGAAACAAUGCUUUAUCUCCAGUCAAUAAAUCAUUUAUGGCGAGAGUGCCAAAGACCAAGUCAACAUGAAAGGGAGUGAAUAAGUUAUUCCGGCAAAGGAAGCAAAUUUAAAUAUGCUCAGAGCCAUUAGUUCUGUGCAAAAGAGUAGAAGACGAAUGCUGUUUUAAUAAAAGAGCAAUUAUCAGCCCUGUGGAGCUGGAUAUACUCUCAAAGCCCAGUGCUGCCAUUGCAUUGAUCACUGCUCACAGCUCUGAGACGGUGGAGCAGCAAGCAUCCCCGUGCAGUGCCCGGCUGCUGCUCUCUGGGCAGGGACAUACAGAGACUCAGCCCUCCUCACUGCUUCAAAUUAUGCCAAGUGCAGCAUAAGAAAACUGAAGGAAUUGCUCACCUCAAAAAACACGUUGCGAAUGAAAACAUCUUUUGCACCAGUUUAGUCCUUGCUUUCUUUCAUCUGCCUGGCUUUCUUUGCCCAAAUUCCCCAUCACUUAUUCUCUUAGGGAGAACAGAGCUCUCCAGGGGGGCAGACUGCAAAAGCCCUGCAAGCCCCUUAGCCUUGCUGGUCCAUCUGUAUUGUGCUGUAGCAGUGGGCUCCUUCCUGGCUGGCUGCUUCUCAGCAGCCAGACUGAAAGCAGCUGCAGUGUCAUUAAGGAAAUCAAACCAUUAUUAAUGACAAAAUUCUUUGUUUGUUUUGUUCCCCAUUUUCAGAAGACCCUAGGCCAGGCCCCCAGCAGACCUACAACAGACUGUUCCAUCCUUCUUCUGAGAUGUGUUGGUUAAUGCCAGCUGUGGGGCCAGUCCUGAGGGAUUUUGUGCUAUAGCCAAAAGCAGCCUCCCUCCGCCCUCCACAAAGCCACGAGAUCUCAAUUAUUCAAAAUUGUUUCAGGCAAGCAGAGUAAAAUCCUGCAGUUUUCACCUCCGUCCCCUUUUAACUCUCUGCAGUCUGAAUCUCCUUUGAAGGGCCCUGCUACAAGGCCGUGUUGAUUGACCCAGAUAGAUAUAAACAGGUCAGUAAGAUUUUAAUUUAAAAAAUGAAAAUUGAUGACUGGGGGGAAGUAUUACCAUCAUUACCUGCAGCCUCCUAUGGUAAAAUGCAAGUAAGCCAUCUGGAGUGCAAAAAUGCCACCAACGUAAUGUAUGAGUGAUUAGGCAGGCGUGUGAGUUUAAAUCAGCAAGUAAGCAAAGUAGAUGUUUGAUGUGGGAAGCCAAAAAACGUACGGGAGGUCAGUGGCCAGUAGGCUAGGGCUAGUAAGACCACAUGCGUUCUGCAUCCUCAUAAACAGUCAUAGUGAAUCUGAUGUUAGGUACAGCAUGGUGGUUACUGUCUGAACAUGUGAAAACCAACAAAUAUUCUUGUUUUGUAUUUGAAAGCAGUAGAAUAAGGGAGUCAAAUUUCAUACUAAAAUGUAAUUCCUCCUACUCCAUCAGAAAUUAUGGGUAAUAUUAAGCAGCAGCUAUCCAAACAUAUUCUUAAAUUCACACCACCAGAUAUGUGAGUGUAAGCGUAAGAUUUUUCAGAACUUAAAAGCGUUAAAAAAAAGCUUUAAAUUACACAAAAACAAACAAAACCCCAAACCAAUAAUUAACAAGAAUGAGUGACCUGACCCAAAAGACUAUAGGCUCAUUAGCUUCCUAUCAGUACGAGGUAAAAUCAUAGAAAGGUUGAUAUGAAGCAAUCAUUAAAGCAAUUAAAAAUUGAUAAACCCCUCCAAAUGAUUGUUAUAGAAAUGCAUUGUGUUAAAUAAAUUUGUUAUCAUUUUUUGUGAUAUCAAAGGCUUAUUGAUAAAAGAGGCUCUGCUGACAUACUAUCCUUAGCCUUCUAUAGAUGAUUUGAUUCUGAUAAAGAACAAAAAACACAAUGCAGAAUCAAUAUAGACCACACUAAGUGGAUUAAAACUGAUUAGUUGCUAGUUCACAAAAAAUGGUUACAAAUAUGACAUUAUCAUCAGUGAGACUAUUUCUAAUGAGCUCCUUCCAAGGUAUGUUCUGUUAUCAAUAUUCCUCCCAGAGAAACAGAAAAUUACUGUGGGAGCAUUUACAGAUGACAAAGCCCGGUGCGUGCCAUUAAAUGAUGAUGAACCUGGAGUGCUGCAAGUGCAGAAGCCAAGGGGAGGAGAAGAGCUUCCUUGGGGGCUUGGGAAUGUGUCUGGAGUUGGGUGGCCUUGAAGGUCAACGUCAUCCACUCAGCGUCAGCCCCAAAGAGCUCUUGGGAAAGUGUCAUCUCUGAGGAGGACCAUCAGUAGGACCUGGAGGAUGUCUAGGACCUGGCAACAGUGAUGUUACAGAGCCAUUUGUGCACAUCUUCCAUAUAUUGACAACUUGGAAAGAUCAUUUUCUAAAGCUCCCAGUGUCAUUCAAGGGCAGGAAAACAGCUCUUAUUAUAGUGCUAGACUAAUGAAGCUCAAGCUAUUAAUUUAUCAGAGACGAUGUGAAGAGAUGACUCAAUCUGCCUGUAAUCACAACCUCUACCUGUGCAGGAAGUGCUGGCUGAGGGCAGGUAGUGCUUUUAUUCAGAGGAAAACGGAAUGAUAUGCUCUACUAGCUGGAAACAGAUUUCAGGCUAGAAAUUAAGCACAAAUGCUCGACAGGGAAGAUAAUUACCCAUAGAGACAACUUACUUGGUUAUCUGGCACAUUCUCCAUCAUGUAAGGUCUUUAAGUAUAUGCAGAGCUUUUUUCUAAGUCAAUAAGCUCUACCUCAAAUGGAAAUGUAGGCUCCGUUCAGCAGUCCCUGGAUGAGGCAGUUAGGUGUGUGCUGUGUAAGAGCUCAGCCUGGAUCAUCACUAGAUCAUCCGAUGCAAAGUUCUGAAUUGAAAUGUCAUGAAGUUUAAAUAUGAAAGGAAAGCAGGCCCACCUGUAUCCAUUGUUUUCACACAAUAUUGUCUUAGAGAGCUAUGAACUGACCCGUAACUGGUGGGAGCUGCAGUAGGUCUCCUCGUAUUUACAAGGGUCUUCUGCAUGUGAUUAAAGAAGAGAACUGGACAAGAAAAGACAACAAAAGCCUCUGGCCAUACAGAAUUAGUCUGUUGUUGUUUGGUACUAACAGCCUGGGAUAAAGUCCUGCACCCACAUGAACUGUGUGAGCAAGCAGUGAGAGCCAUGGCUUUGCCUCUUGAUCAAGGAGGCACCAUUUUGCUGGCAUGAAACAGGUUUUAUGUUCAACAGCUAGUAGAGGAGCUGAAGUGCUGAUUGAGAAUUACAUUGUGUUGCUUUGCAGUUUAACAAGGUACAAAGCAAACCGUUCCUGCUCUCCCAACGAGCCCCUCUGCAGCUGGUGAAUGGAGCCCUCCAAGUGAAAUGAGUUCAGUGGGAUGACCCAGAGCAGUGAGCACUGCGAGCCUUACUGCAGGUGGCUGCUUUGAAUACUGUACCUUCAAAAUAAGCAGGAGUGGUCGGCUUCUUAUCCAGGUCUCACGAAGCUGCUGUUCUUAGGUACAAGGCAAGCACAAAGCUACGAGCUGCCUUUCAGAGUUCUUUGUUGUGCUGUGGAAAAUGGCACAAAAUAGGAUGUGUAUUUUAGAGGGUAAACAGUUCACGCAGGCAAAAGAAACCACAAAAGCAAUACUUACUGCAAAUUGGUAUUGAAUCAAUAUCAAGAAGCUGGAACAAAAAGGGACACAGCUAAGAAGAUAAAGAUCUUUGGGGAUUCUUGCUCUAAUCCAGUGUGAAAUCCUAAGAAAAUGAGUCUGGUGUAGAUUUAUUGUUCAGAGAACAUUGGUCAAUACCAGCUGCAGUCAGGUACAUUUGUGGGAUCGCUGGCUUGUGUGUCAGCAGUGGAGCAGUCCUAUGAUGGCUGCACAAGGGCUGCCUCUUCCCUAAAAGUGGGAUUUCAGCAUUGUUGUAACACAGGCUUAGUCAGAAUGAGAUGAAAAGCUUCUUUCUGCUUUUAAUUCCAAGUAUAUCUAAAUACCUUUUCAGAAAAAGAAAAAAUCCUGCGUAACUGUUGUUAUAUCUGUAAUCACAUUACUUCUAUUAAGCACUUGCCUAGAAUUCGUCUAUUUAAUAUCAUGUUAUCGAAUUAAAUAGCGACAUACGGAUAUUUUUUUUAAAGCAGGGAAACCAAGAUUGCAGCCCAACUGCAUGUAAGCAACAAAAAGGUGUGCAGAGAAAAAGAAAAUCUGCCCCUGAGAUGCUUAGGGGACCUAUUUGUUUGGGUUUGUUUAUUGAGAGCUCGGUUACACGUCUAGGCAGGGGCUUUCCCUGCUGAGCCGGGCUCCGAACUCAGGACACAUCCAAACACUUGGAGCCCUCUUACUGUGCUGGAGGCUCCUCUGCUUUUCUCUGAGAGGGGUAGGAAAAAGAUUAAGUGGCCUCCAGCACGAUGGAGAAACCACAGAGGGAUGUUAGCUUCCAGUUUAUGCAGAGCAUCUUGGCCUGAGACAGAGCUCAUCAUUCUCCUCGCUAAGCUCAGCCCUACUGAUGGACAGAAAGAAGUGGGCCAUGAAGGGAACCCAGAGCCCUGCACCAGGCUGUCCUGGGGCCGUGGCAGGAGAUGGACAGACAGACUGACAGACUACCUUGCAGGGUUAGCAUGCUCAGGGCCAGGGAAACUGAUUGCUGUUGGUGGUCAUUGCUGAGUGCUGGGCUUCCCCUAAAUAAUGGUGAAUUGCAUGGAGCAAGAACCUGGAAAUGUGAGUUGCCAGCACUGAAGUCAUAGAAUCAAAGUGACUGAGGUUGGAAAGAACCCGUAAAUAGCACCAGAUCAUCCAGUCCAACCCCUGCCUUGGGCUGGGCCGUCUUGUAUUUGGAUCGGGAUGCACUUGGCUUUGUCUUCAGGUUCUUCUAGGGCCUCCAGAUAUAUGGACUUGCCUCAUGGUUGUUAUUCCUUUUUCACAUCUGACCAUGGAUAAGAUGACAGUGAUACCCACCCAUGAUCAGUCUGACAUUGUGUCGGCAGCAUUUGGCUCCUCCGUUUCUGGGAGCUGAAUUUAAAUUUAGCUGAGCCUGUCUUUGAGGGAUUCUCAAAAUUCUCCUGUAACCUCCUUUUAAUGUUAACUUGGUUGAAAAUCUGGUAGAAUGGCAGCACUCAAAUGGUUAAAACGUGACACACUGUUAUUCCCAGUCCUCUAUGAGAGCAUUCUAGAGAUGAAGCCAAGUGAGGUGGCAUAACAACAAAGUGUGCCUUUCUGUUGGAUGUGCACUGCUCUUCCCCAGGCAUCCAAGGUGUUCCUCUGUUCAGCAGUGCUUUUCUCCCAGAACUGAAAUUAUCAUGCAAUCUAAUUUUUAGUACACGAAGUGGCCAUCACUGUUAAUUCCACCCUACGAUUUUUGUAUUUCUGCUUUAAUUCCUUCUGCUUUCAAAAAUCAAUGAAAAAUAAAACCUGGGUGGGAGGGAAGAAUUCUAAUAAAUGAUGAAAUUAAAAUCAAUAUCAAGUUUUUGGUAUCUUCGGGCAUGAUCUCUGGAAGCUUUGGAUAUCUGCUUUAUCAUUUUGUAUAUUUGACAAUUUUGUACUCCGCAUCGUUUGACUUCAUUUGUGCAUGGCAAUGUAUUAAAACAUGGAAUUUUUAUUAUAGAGUAAAA